CUGAACAUUAACAUCCAUCGUAACUAUAUCUAGUUUGCCUAGUGUGUGCCAGACUGUGUGUGCCUAAAACGUGGGUGGAUCUGCGGUCCUGCUGCUGGAUAUUAUUGGGGUGGGAUCCUACAGAGAGGCACAGACGAACUCAGACUGAAGACGGAAAGACUGUGGUUGAUAAAUGAAAGCCAUGACUGUAAUAAAUGCAGUGCAGAUCUUCAUGUUGCUGUGGGGUUUCAUCGCAGUCUGCCAAGCUGAUAUUGGUGACUGUGGUGUGAGGUGUAAUGAUGUGACUGGAACUGUGGGGAAAGAAAUGAUUUUCGCCUGCAGCGUCUGUGAACAGUCCACUAAAUGCUGUGUUAAACUGUAUAAGUUUCAGUAUCCUGAAAAAUAUAAUGACUCAGAAAUCUGUAGAGAAGGGUCUGUUGAUGGCCCCUGUAAAAAGUGGAGCAUCUUCACAUGCAAAUACACUCCACAUACAACAAUGAAUGAAACAUUCAGAUUCUUUGUGCAAACUGCUGGCGCUCCAGAAAGAAAACAAUUCACAGUGAAUAUAACAGAAGCUGUUACUUCUCCAACCCCUAAAACUGAAGCUUCUGCCAUUGACGGUGCAAUAAAUCCAUUAAUUGGAGAUAAUGGUGGAUCUACUGUCAUCCCUCUGGCUGUGGUCUGUUUCAUCAUCAUAUUGGCCGUCAUUAUCACUUACAAAAUGACUCCUUGUGGAUUUCUGAAAAGGAAGAAGUUUAAGGUCGUCAGACAAAAUGAUGACGACAACAAUGAAACAGAAAAUGUGUAAUUUCAUUGUGGAGAUUCUUGGGGUGCUCCUGAGAGAUCAGUGAACUCCAGUAAAACCUGUACAUGAGUCUCUGUUAGACUUCAAACCACUAAACCUCCCGAACAAUGACUGUCAGCUAAUGAGCUUUAACACUGUUUAAGUUUAUCGCUAUUUCUGAGAAAUGAUGGAAUGUUAACAAUCUUUUUGAUCAGCAGAUACAUAUUAAGUUGAGAAGCAGUUCUACAAAAUCCAAACUGAGUUUGCUGUUGCACUUUUUUUAUUACAUUUGUGAAAUGUCUAUAAUGGAUGUUUAAUAUACAGUUGAAGUCAGAAUUAUUAAUCCUCCUCAGUUAUUAGCCCCCUGAAUAUUUUCCCCUAAUUUGUGUUUCAAG